AGGCGAGGGAGAAGCCAUCCCCGAGGCCGCGGCCUGGCCCGGCCCUGCCCGCCCGCCCAGCGCGACGCUCCCGACACCAUGGCAACAACGGAGGCCGCCGGGCCAGGACACGUCGCGCCAUGCCAGACUCAGCGCCACGCCCCACCCGGCCGCUGCGGAGGCAGAGCUGUUGCCGCUUUGAGCCGAAAGCUGGGCUCGCCCGAGAGCAUGGGGGUGAAGAUGGAGAGGGGCGGCGGCAGGCGGAGCCAAGUGAAUGAAUACCCAGCUGUGGUUGUUCCCAGAUGUGGUCCAGCAAGUCCAUUUAAAGGACAGCUAAGUACUAAAAGUAAUGCUUUCUGCAUUGACUCCUCCCGAAGUCUGACAAACCAGUACCUGAUCAGAGAUCACUUGAUGUUUCAUUAUAACAGAAUUCUUUCAGCCAAAGCAGCUGUAGACUGUUCAGUGCCCAGAAGUAGGUUGAGGAGCAUUAAACUUGCUGACCAACAGAGAAGAGAGAAACUGAAAAAGAAGAUAGCCAGAUAUGAAAAAGAAAUGAAUGUGAGCAAAAGUGCCUCACGAUCCAGCUCAAGAGAGAGUGGAAAGCUGCUGUCAACCUCUUUUGGAAAGAGUCCUGUGGAAGUAGAAGAUAAAGACAAUCUGUUCUCCUGUGUUGAGCACACACCAUGCCUGGCAAGAGCACUGUCACCUUACGGUGAGCUUGGCUUGCUUUGCUCCAGUCCAGUGGAAUGUGCCAGAAAACGUUCUCGGAAUAGAUCUAAUGCAUCUAACUCAAACUCAAGUGUCAGUAUGUCAAGCACACCAAGAAAACGCUCUGGAGUUUCAAGCCGUUGCUCCUCGGAUAGCUUUGCAAGCAUCAGUCGUUCUCAGAGGCAUCAGGAAAGCAACUCCAAAAUAUACAGUGGGGAUCUUCUGGACAGACACUCAGAAUUAUUUACCAGCAGCCAGAAACCUUUUACUCCACGCACCUUAAUAUCAGAUGCUAAAUCUGCCCUGCUUGGGUAUAGGUAUUACAAUGCUGCUCAAAGGAAAAGGAAAAAGCACUGCAAGCAACACGUGGAAGCUGAAACACAGACUGAUGUGAUCAGCUUUCCAAGUGCAGAUAAAGGAUCUGAGGGAAAAGUUAUGACUGAACAUCGGAAGAUGACAGUGAAGACUGAAGAUAGAAGAUACAAUAUGGAUGAGCCUGAGAAAGGAAUGGCUGCUUUUCCAUACUCCUUUCUAAGAGAGGCAUCAUUGUAUUCUGAGCAGCUUUCAGCAAGGAUGAAUAUUAAGGCUGUAGAAGAUGACCAUUUAUAUUUAACUUUCAUUGAAGAUAUAACAAAUGACAUUCUUGACAUUGGGCUGUUUUCUAACAGAGUUCUGGAACAAUUGUUUGAGUGUCAUAUACAAGAAAAUAAGAACCGUUUGGAUGAGAGCAAAAUGCGGCACCUGUUGGAUGUGCUUAAAGCAGACCUUGGCUGCAGCCCACACAGUGGUGCUGAGCAAAUCGACACAGGCUGGGAAGCCUUUGAGUCACUGGAUCUGGGAAAGGUUAAUAUGAUGGAACAGCUUGAGUUUUGCAGUAGAAGUCAGAAGCAAGGAAAAGCUACGAAAAGUGAAGAAUUCUUUAAGACCAUGGAUUUGUUAUCGAAGGAACCAAGCACAUGUGAAAUGCCACUAUGCAAUGAAAAUUCAAAGAAGACAGAGAGCAAGGGUGACUUUUCAGAAGAUGUUGAUGAAAUGAUGAAUGCUGAGACAGAGUCUCAUGCUUGUGUGAAAUCUGAAGACCCAGACACUUCACCCUCACGUGAGGAAACUCUAAACUUGAUUACUUGUGACAGUGAUUUGGGAGCCAACAAGGAACUUGAUGAUCUUGAGGAAAACUUUGCAGAGGUCCUUCAGAUCACACAUGACCACUCAUCAUAGUGGCCAAAAUUUAGCUGUUAAAGAGGGAGGAAGCUAUUUUUGUAGAGAAUUGCCAUUCACUAAAUAAAGAGAAGUAAAUUGUUUAUAUUCAGGUGUUUUAACAGAAUCACUGUGUUCUCUUUAGCAGAGUAUUUAUUACAGAUUGGUGACCAUUUCUGUACUGAUGUAGACUGUAAAGGGUAAAAUGACUUAAAAAAAUUCUUCAUAUAUUUUGUCUGUAAACAUACAGCCCAAAACUAACUUUUGAGAAUAGUAAAAUUAGAUGCAUAUUUUAUAGAAAGCUGCAGAAUUAUGAAAUAUUUAUCGUUUUUAUUUAUAGCAAAUAAAAUUAAUUGAUGACAUUUCUAAUAUAAUGGUGGUCCAUGUUAUAAAGAUGCAAGAUUUUUGCAAUUUGCAAGAACAACUCAAUUUACCCACGCUAAAAUACGGUGUACUACUUACCUGCAGAGCAGAGACAGAACUGUUUGUUCAGCCUGGAAGAAGGCAGCAUUAUUUCCUCUCUUCAUGCUCUGCCAUUGUUUGAUGUUAAAUCCCACUGGAGCAUGAAGUUCUUAUCUCAUUUUUUUUUUCUUUUCACAGUACCUGUAGAACAUAGCAAACAAGGUUUCCUUGCUUUAGCUUGAAUGAAAUAAGGCUUGACUAGUGACAGCCAGCUUUCCAAAAAUAAGCAUUUCUUUCUGAUAUUGCUAGCUGAUCAUUCCUCCUUUCUCAGCUAUGAACUGGAUUGUCUUAUUCCGUACAUCAACAGGUGUAAAAACCGUUUUGCUCUAUUAGCUGAUCUCAUGUCAGAAACAGACAUACAGUUCUAGCUGUUGCAUACAGCAGCUUUUAAACUAUUCCGUACACGUGCAGCUUGUUUUAUGCACAGCUCUUAAACUACUUAAUCCUACUUGUCCAUGAUUUAGCUGGUAAUUCUGGAAGUGAAGACUGCAACAGUUUUCACAGUGCAUAACACCAAAAUACACAGUCCAGUUUCUUGCAUUGAUAGCAACCUUGGUAUAGCAUUCUGCAGAGAGUUUUGGGUUUAGAAAAAAAAAAAAAAAGG